CGCUCUCGUGUUGUGGUGUCCCGCGGAGCCAGGAGCAUAAGACGGAUCUGAGUCCGAAGGUGGCGAUGGUGGUGCUCGCCGUCGUGCGCGGGGCCCUCGGGCUCGUGUCUUGCAGCAGCAUUUGUAAAGAUGGGAAUGAUGGUCCAGGCCCAGAGGACGACGACGCCGAAGACGCGGACGACGACGAAGCAGAAGAAAUCGCAGACUCGAUUUUGCUGCAGGAUUAUAGUUCGUGGACCGUCGUUGGAGGCUCUUGUAAUGCGGGCGGAGGACGACGAGAGUUGGCGGGGUAGAGUCUGCAGACGCACGGGCUCAGGCUGGUGGUGUCGAGAUUCUGCGCCUCGGUGGGAUUGAUCGCUUCUGUGGAGUGCCUGCCUGCCUGCCCGCCUGCCUGCCUCGCGACGAUGUCAUUUGCCCGGACAGUGUUCUAGGAGUGUGUGUGUGAUCGCGGAUUGUUAGUAUUAUUUUUCGUCUCUCCGGGACUCGACCUGCUCCGAUUUGCGUCCCUGUGCUCGACGACGUUCGCUGCAUGAGCCUCGUAGAUCGGUCUCGUGGCGGGAUGCGACUUCUCACGUACGUGUUUGCUAGGAGUGCCGACUUCGUCUCGUCUGGAGUUUUCCCGGAUCUAGCCAUUUUCUUCGCCUUUGAGUUGCAGCUGUCGGGACUCAUUCGACGAAGCAAUUGACUUCAGUGCGGGCUCAGUCGCUCCGUAGGUGGGCUCGGGGCGGCCACAGCGGAUCUUAAAGGUGAACGUCCGUGAGCAGCCUGCGGCUUGGCACCGAAGUUCUUCGGGUGAGAUGCAAUGAGGGAGACUUCACCCCAGAUCACAUCGAUCGGGUGAGGCAUCGAACUUCGAGUCUCUAGAUGAAAACUUAGAGGUAAAAUCGAGGCGGAGGAAGCCUUGUGCUUUGCGGGAUACAUCACAGAUCUCGAACCGGUGAAUUGGUCAGCAGCCGCCGUUCUUCGGUCGAAAACUAGACGCAGAGCUUGAGGAGGAGAAUUUGAAGCAGAAAUAUUUGGAGUCAUGCCAGCUAAUAUGGGGUUUGCCGCGAGAGGAAAGCCAGUACAGCAGCAAGGGAUUGUGGGAGCCGGAGGAGGAGGAGGAGGAGCCGGAGUAGCCAUGCCUCCACUUCGAAACCGUCAUUGUCUUUCGGCUUCCUUGCUGCUUACGAUAAUUAUGAGUUUCGUCGUCUCCCAUAGGCUCCUGACAACGUACCUUGCGGAAACGGUGAUUAUACGCUCUACAGUAUCGAAAGAAAAGCUGUUAAAUUACUCAUUGAUCAAUGUGGCGGACGCUGCCGAGCGGCUCAAAAUGAAGGGCUUGCUAGAGAGAAGCGAAGGCGGUAGGUAUAGCAUAAAAGAAGUGCUCUUUCUAAAGAGACCGCCUCCACAACAAUUCGCCAUCGGCAUGGACAGGAAUUCUGCUGUCAGACGAAGGCAAACCGAGAAUGCGUGGAUGGUGCCCCUUACAAGUCGGAGAUUUGAUCCCUACGUCGUAACAUUCUACAAGAUGGCCAGGAAUUGGCUGGCAGAAGGUGAUUUCGAUCCUCGAGUGAUGCAAGAUCUCGUGAGGACUGUGAAGGAGCCGAUGGAUCGCCGUUCGAGAGAUGCGUACUUGCACACUCCUGCGCCUAGUGUCCAUGAGGUUGAGGGUUCUCUCAGCGCGCCAUCCAGGUAUAGAAGUUGUGCAGUCGUGGGGAAUAGCGGGAUACUGCUGAAUAGCAGUUAUGGAGCGCUCAUUGACAGCCAUGAAAUGGUGAUUCGCUUGAACAAUGCCAAAACUCAGGGGUUCCAGAAGCAUGUGGGCUCCAAAACCACGCUUGCUUUUAUGAACAGCAAUAUUCUUCGGAUGUGUUCCAGGAGACCCGAUUGUGCUUGUCAUCCAUACGGAGAGGAUGUGCCCAUCAUUCUCUACAUCUGUCAGGCUCCUCAUCUGAUGGACGUAGCAUUGUGCGGCGAUGUCCACAAAGCACCGCUGGUCGUCACGGAUGGCCGUUUGGACAGUCUCUGUGCUCGAAUUGUCAAAUGGUACUCUGUCAAAAACUUCGUGGAAACUAGCGGGCUGCCAGUUGAAAAUUGGGACAGUGCACAUCACAGCUUCUACUUCCACUAUUCUUCGGGCUUUCAGGCCGUUGUGGUCGCCCUGGGAAUCUGCGAUAGAGUGAGCAUGUUCGGCUUUGGAAAGCAUCCCUUGCUGAAGCACCAUUAUCACACAGAUCAGAGGCGGGAACUCGCUCUGCAUGACUACGAAGCGGAGUAUAUCUUUUAUGACGACCUCGUACACAAUAGGAGCAUACCUUUUCUCAGCGAGUCUGGCAUCUCCAUUCCUCCUGUGACCAUUUAUUACUAAGAGAAUAAUAGUGCUAUUUGCUGGUGCCAACCGAACGUCCAGGUGCGUGGCUGCAUCACAGUUCUUCAGCGUCACGCCCUGCACCUGACUACGCUGCGACGCUCUGCUUGCCCUCUAAACACCGCAGAUGCACACUGUGUUUGGCUUGCAAGCGGCCCGUAUGAAGAAAAUUUACCAAGAUAGGCCACUCCAAGCUGACUACAUUCAUGGCUUCUGGUGAGCCUGGAGGUACUGAGCUGGCUGCGGACAUCGAUUCUGAUCUGCAAGUAGUUCGAAUCUGCUUCAGCCAGCGGGUCGUGCAUCUGGGAACGUCAGGACUUUGUCAAAUGUCAGCUGCCAUGCAUCUGUCUCUUACAAAGCAUAAGAGUAACUGCUGUGCAACGCAGCGCACUGUUGUCACUGAACAAAUUUGAAGACAUCCAAGGCUUGAAACCGGUUAAUUUCAAUCAAGAGGACCAAACGCAUGUCAACAGACCCUGCACCUACACUCUAGCGGGUGACAGAAUCGUUCUCCUCAGUAGAUAUCCCCAGCGCUCCUCUGAAGUGAGAGACUGAAGAGCUCUAAUGUAGGCUUUCAGUUCGUUUGCCAACCUUAGAUGUGCUCUUAAACUGUCAUACCAAGUCUCAUGCUCAUCGCUUUUCGAUGCUGUCUUCUAGGACCUCGCAAGUGAAAGUAUGAGGAGUUGGUUCCUCCUGUAGGGACUGGUCGGCAAAACUGAACUUCGGCCUUUUCUUUCCCGAUAAACCUUCGGCCUUAACAAUAAGUGCCCCAUCCAAAAGAGAAUGUGAAGUGUCUCCAAUUUCGAUGUCGCAGGAACGAAUCCGAUGUAAGCAUCAAUUUUGUAAAGGAGUUCCAAAGUGCCACGAAAAGCAUUUGGUGGGACUCAAUCAAACGUACUAGUAAAACUCCGCAGCUUCGUCCUUGGGCUGCCAUCUCAAUGUUCUCUAUAAUAUUGAUCACUCCAACCAUCAUCAUAAAGCGAGAGAAAUCUGAGUGUCAAUGUGCUUGUCGCAUCUACGUGCACCGGUCGUUGUGUAUUCUUGCAGAAUUUCUAGCGAACUCAGCAGCCGUCCAGAAACAGAGCCGAGUGCACAUCCCCUUUAUACAGUUAGCACCACUGGUCUACUUCUUAUGGAUCCUCUCUGGUGUGCAUGUAUCGUUGGAUCAAGUUGAAGAGCCAGUUUAGUCAGGCACAAGCUUUGUGUUUUAAGUGCGACUUCCCGUUCGGCAUAUUCUUCACUCUGGGCUCUUUACUGUGAAAUAGUCAAUGAUUGUCGUCCUUAAAGUCUCUCAUCGAGUCUUUUACUCUUUGAUGCUGAGCCGAGGAUAUCAAAUCUCGAGAUCAAAUCUCGAGAAGUUAAUCACACCCUCAAUCCAUCUCGUCUUCGCAAUUGAGUGGAGGGCAGCUCGGCUUAUCUCACUUGGAGUCUAAUAGAUGUGCUCAUUUGCUUCGGAUUGAUCUCCUUUUGAGUUCAAUAAGACACUGCUUGAUGUACGGGCUCUGCAAGGAAGAAAGCAUUGGACAUACCGGGAUAAUAUUUCCUGGUUCUACGAGCAGAAAUUGGUUCUUGGCUGGAUUGAUUGGAUGAGUCUGUGAAAGAGGAAUGGUCGUUCAUAAGUUUAGGUUUAUUUUCCUGGGAACUUCACUGAAGAACAUACAUCUUGACUGAUUAGUAUGCCUGCUGUGGUGGAAUGGGUCUUGUUCACCUGUUAUUUCUGAAUGAUCCAUCUUGUUUUCAUCUUGUCUUCACCAAAUCAAUCAUUCCAGCCGGAGGUCACAUCCCUGCACGAAUCUCAAAGAAUACGCAGUCGAAGAGUCGAGAUUCUUUACAGUGAGAGUAUCACUGGCAACAUCCGGCACCAGAUGAUUCGGCCGGCCUCAUCACACAAAGCUUCCUGCACGAUCAGUGUAGCGCCAAACGCAUGUCCACCGCCUCUC